UAUAUCUGAGUGGUCAAGGUCACGUUGAACUCUGCGUGUCUUUCCUCUGUAAAGUUUGAUAGGUUAUUAAUUUUUUUUAACGCGUGGUUUGUUUCCGCGUAAAAUUUUUUCCUCAUGGACACCAAAGUUGAAUGACGUUUGUUGUAUAUUCUUCGCUGUUGCCAAGCCCAAAUGAAGGAUGACUAGCACUAAUUCAGUAUUCGCAAACAUAUUUUUUCGCUCUUCAAGCACUAGUUCCACACUUACUGCAUUUCCAAAGUAACGGGCAUAUCCAACACACUAUAUAACUACUGCCGGCAUAAUUACAAAUGUUAAGCAGAGCUAAUUACUAUUUACGGUAUCAUACUUUCGAAAUUCAUUGAGUUUACUAGUUCCUUAUUUGGAAUAUUUUGUGUGAAAAUAGAUAAUAAAAUUCUACUGUAAAUCAGUCAAGGUCCACGGCCAGCAUCCUGCAAAUAAAUAAAAUUUAAGAUUAGUUAAGGUAUAUAUGUGCUCAUAAAAUUUUUAAGUUACAUUUAGAAAGGUGAACUUACAUAAUUACCACUGUCCCCUCCUAAGUUGUUUCUUUGAGUUGCCUAAGAAAAACUGCUAUUACAUAGAAUAAUAAUUAUCAUUACAUAAAAAUAUUGUUCUUUCACAUUGGUAUUCUUUUUCCCACACACUUCUAUUUAUUAUUCUCUCUUUUGAACGUCUCGUUACCCUCCCUGGCUUGGUGUGCUUUAUAGGGUGUGACAACUCAAACUGCUGCACUUCUGUAUAGAGUUCUAUGUUGAAACUAGUCGAUCAUUAUUAUUACAUGUUGAAUAAACCAUAGUUUAGAAUUAAGUAGGUGUUUCGUAAUAUUCCCCGACUUCCUUACUUCUCCAUACGCCUCUGGGCGUGACCUUUCAAGUUUCGAAAGUAACACUUGGUGGUUUUUCCAUCAAAGCUCCAAUCUCCUUUGCCUACAUGAGUUUGCUAGGGAACUCCACUUUAAUUACGGCUAUAUGAAUAAUUUUUUCACAAAUGAAAUGUGCAUCGGAUUAUCUUAUGGAAAGUAUAAGGCACAAUACUGGACUUAGUCAUAGUCCUCUGACUUGUAAACUUCAAGCCCAUUUCAGGUUUCUAAACAUUGUGCAUCAUAACUUCUAAAGCUAACCGUCUCCGCUAUGGAGAGUGAUGAUUAAUUAAGUGAGCUCACUAAUAUCUCCUUAUAAUUAUAGUUUCUUAAAGAUGCUUCUAACAUCUGCAAGUGUCAACUGGGAUGCCCAGUGUGUAGUCGUCGUCGGCUGAAUGGUUUGUUUACCAUCAAGACUUGCUGUUGCUACUCACAAUGUUUAAGAUCUUCAUUGGCAGUUUGACGAGUUCCAUUGUCACAUCUUGAAAUUAAUGACUAAUUUUAGGUACUUACCUAGCACUUUCUUAUUAAGAGUCCGUGACUCAUUGUCAGCCUCGUUAGAAGGUAAUCUAAAUGUCACAGUUACUGUAACUGGCUGGAAACCAUUUUCGGUUUUGUGCCAGUAGGAGAGAAAGAAUUGAAGUUGGGGGCGUUCAAAGUACUGAAAAUGAAUGACAUCUAAUUAUACUGACACUUUGGAAUCAGUUUGAUGAAGUCAUCUACUAGAUUCAUAUCUCGAUAUUGCAGUUCAAUGCAACCGACUUCGUUGACAGCUUAUUUGACAUCACUAGUUAUGAAGAAACUCCUUAUCGUUCUUCUUACCACCCACCGAUAUUCAGUCUGGCCACUGUCGGCAGUGUUAGGAAAUGUAUAUUAUGCAUCAGACUUCUAGUACUACGUUAAAAUAAUCGCGUUGUCUUCCCCAAAGCUCUUUAUAUUGGAUCUGUGUUUCAGAGUCCAACAUAAUUUGGUGGUCGUAGUAUGCAAAACUGAACGGAUAUUUGCUAAUAUUUAGCAUGAAUUGAAUGGAUAUUUCAAGGAGGAAAACUACUGCUGUCUUCUAGAAAUGCAGUGGUUGAAAUUGGCGGGAUUAUUCAUUGUUUUCUAGUUAGUAAACAAUUUUGCAACAUUAAUGACCUUUUAUAUGCGUUGGUCGCUGUGCUCGCUUUAAACUCGUUUACGAACCAGAUUUGCCUUCAUAUAUGUUGUUUAAUAUAUAUUUUUCUCUUGCAUCUAUUUUUGAUUUUCCACUUCUCGUUUUCCAUCCGAUAGUGAAGAACAAAUGCUACAGGAUACACUUUCAAUUAUUUGUAUAUCCUUUUUUACGGCAUUUUUGGGAGAAGGCUUGACUUGGCUUUUUGUAUACAGGACUGAAAAGUACCAGAAGUUAAAGGCUGAAGUAGACAAACAAUCAAAACGUUUGGAAAAGCAACGGGAUGUUACGGAGUCAGCUAUUGAUCGUACAGCUAAAAAGCGUUUAGAAAAACAAGAAGAACGAUUCAAAAACAUUAAUCGAGAGUUGUCCUUAGUUAAAAUGAAAUCUAUGUUCGCAGUUGGACUUAUAUUCACUUCAUUAUUCAAUGUAUUUAGUAGUCUGUUUGAUGGUCGUGUUGUAGCUAAAUUGCCCUUUGUCCCGUUAUCAUGGAUCCAAGGAUUAUCGCAUCGAAAUCUUCCGGGAAAUGAUUUCACAGAUGGUUCUUUCGUUUUCGUGUACAUUUUAUGCACUAUGUCAAUUCGACAGAACGUGCAAAAAAUACUUGGGUUCGCUCCUGCUCGUUCGUUCAAUAAACAGUCUACCGGAUUUCCCCAAAGUUAGCUGUGGCGGUAGUCAACAAAAAAUGGAACACUUCCUCCACUGUACACUAUAAUUUAUCCGUCUGCAAUAAGAGAACUACUUUAAUAAUUUGACUUUAGCUGUAUUUUUAUUAUUUAUAUGUAAUAUUUAAUUUAGCCAAUUAAACUUGGUAUGAGUAAUUAAAUGUGAAGUUGUGUACUCAUUAUUUCCUUCUCUCUUCUAAUUAUAAUGAUGUUUGCUAUCGUUCAAGCCCAAUAAAAAAAGGUUAAUUAAGCCUGCGUUAAUGAUACGUUACAUAAAGCCAAAACCCAGUGACCUUCAACAUAAAUGAAAAGCAU